GGAGGGGGGAAAGUGGGUGAUCGGAAGUGGGGAAGACCCUGAGACCCCCAGGCUGUGAUUGUUGGCUGACAGACCUGGAGCUUCUGAGUCGGGGGUGAGGGGAGGACCCUGGACCCCAGAGGCCUUAGGCACUGUGGCCACUGUGCUGUUGACUCAUCUCCUACACACUUCCCUUUUCUGUCCCGAGCCCGGAGCACCAGCCCCGCACCAGCGCAGUGUGGUUCCCCCCAGCCUCCCAGCUGCUGUGUGCAGGGGCCGAGAGGGCCCAGGCCAAGGGCUGUCCCCUGGCUUUACAUCCUCUGUCCCAAGGCCCUGGGCAGUGUCUUCCACUUUAGGUCGCCUGCCCUCAGCUUCAGCAACCUGAGCCCCACUCUGGUUCCUGAGAGCUUGGAAAUCUGGCGGGGGCGGGUGGGGCGGGUCUUGCCAGCCCCUGUCCUGUGUGCUACCCUCUCUGUACGGGGACUCCAGGGGUCUGAGGUGACCACUGAGGAAGGUCCUGGAAUAGGCAGGAAGAAAGGCAGCCCAUUUUCCCACCGUCUCGGGCUCUUGGGGAAGCUUAGGGACUUGAGGGGCAGAGGAGAGGAGACUUGACCUGCAGAGGCUGGGGCUGCAGGAGGAGGGAAGGCCGGGACAGGGAUGCCAGCCUCCGGGACCCCAAGGAAGGUACUCUGUGCCCCGUGUUGCCGGAGCCGGAAGACCGGUGUCGUGGCCGGAGGGUGGAGGGUGGAGCCAGAAGGGGCUCGGGAUGGGAGUGGGCAGUGGCCGCGGGCACUAGCCUAGGUUUUGGAGGGCAGCACGAGGAAUAAAAGUCCGGCUUCCUGCCGGAAGGAAGGAGACCCGUGGGCUGAGUUUCCUUCCUCAAAGAGCCCAGGGAGGAGGGGUGACCAGGCUCUGGCCUCCCACGGGGACCCUCGAGUGGGGUCCUGACCUCUGGGUGGGGGGCGACAGUGGAGGCAUUCUGCCCUCCAGCCAAUCUGAGAAGGGGCUCUCCUGCCCCCCACCGUGACUGCCUAGCCCGCGACACCCGUUGUCAUGGUUAUCAGAGCAGCUAACUCCCAUGGAUUGGAACGCGCUGGUGAGCUGGCACCCUCUGCUUCGCCUGCUCUCCCUCCUCUGCGCAUCUUCCCUGCUCGCAGGAGAGCGCACAGCAGCCCGGGGGCGAGUGCAGCAGGGCUGGGAGGUGCGGUGAGGACGCAGGGGCUGGAGCCGGGGAGAUGAGCGGCCAGAUGAGCGGCCACCGGAGGCAGCCCAGCCGCAGGGGCCAGACCCGCGAGAAGGAGAAGAUGAAGGAAGCCAAGGACGCCCGCUACACCAACGGGCACCUCUUCACCACCAUCUCCGUGUCGGGCAUGACCAUGUGCUAUGCCUGCAACAAAAGCAUCACGGCCAAGGAAGCCCUCAUCUGUCCAACCUGCAAUGUGACUAUCCACAACCGCUGUAAAGACACCCUCGCCAACUGCACCAAGGUCAAGCAGAAGCAACAGAAAGCUGCCUUACUAAAGAACAGCACUGCCCUCCAGUCUGUUUCACUGCGCAGUAAGACCGCCCCCCGGGAGCGGCCGAGCUCCGCCAUCUACCCCUCUGACAGCUUCCGGCAGUCUCUGCUCGGCUCUCGCCGCGGCCGCUCCUCCCUGUCUUUAGCCAAGAGCGUCUCCACCACCAACAUCGCUGGACACUUCAGUGACGAGUCCCCCCUGGGGCUGCGCCGAAUCCUGUCCCAGUCCACAGACUCCCUCAACAUGCGCAACAGGGCCCUGUCCGUGGAGUCCCUCAUCGAUGAAGGUGCAGAGGUGGUCUACAGUGAGCUGAUGAGUGAUUUUGAGACGGACGAGAGGGACUUUGCGGCCGACUCCUGGAGCCUAGCCGUGGACAGCAGCUUCUUGCAGCAGCAGAAGAAGGAGGUGAUGAAACAGCAGGACGUCAUCUAUGAGCUCAUUCAGACGGAGCUGCACCACGUGCGGACGCUGAAGAUCAUGACGCGCCUCUUCCGGACGGGGAUGCUGGAAGAGCUGCAGCUGGAGCCCGGAGUGGUCCAGGGCCUGUUCCCUUGCGUGGACGAGCUCAGUGACAUCCACACACGCUUCCUGGGCCAGCUGUUGGAGCGUCGGCGCCAAGCCCUGUGCCCCGGCAGCACCAGGAACUUCGUCAUCCACCGCCUGGGGGACCUGCUCAUCAGCCAGUUCUCAGGUGCCAGCGCAGAGCAGAUGCGGAAGACCUACUCCGAGUUCUGCAGCCGCCACACCAAGGCCUUAAAGCUCUAUAAGGAGCUGUAUGCUCGGGACAAACGCUUCCAGCAGUUCAUUCGGAAGGUGACGCGUUCGGCCGUGCUGAAGCGGCAUGGGGUGCAGGAGUGCGUCCUGCUGGUGACCCAGCGCAUCACCAAGUACCCGGUGCUCAUCAAUCGGAUCCUCCAGCACUCCCACGGGACUGAGGAGGAGCGCCAGGACCUGAGCACAGCACUGGGGCUGGUGAAGGAGCUGCUAUCCAACGUGGACCAGGACGUGCACGAGCUGGAGAAGGGAGCCCGCCUACAGGAGAUCUACCACCGUAUGGACCCCCGGGCCCAGACCCCCGUGCCUGGCAAGGGCCCGUUUGGCCGAGAGGAGCUUCUGAGGCGCAGGCUCAUCCAUGAUGGUUGCUUGCUCUGGAAGACGGCGACGGGCCGCUUCAAAGAUGUGCUAAUGCUGCUGAUGACAGACGUACUGGUGUUCCUCCAGGAGAAGGACCAGAAGUACAUCUUCCCUGCCCUGGACAAGCCCUCGGUGGUAUCACUGCAGAAUCUGAUUGUACGGGACAUCGCCAACCAGGAGAAAGGGAUGUUUCUGAUCAGCGCGGCACCCCCUGAGAUGUAUGAGGUCCACACAGCAUCCCGGGAUGACCGCAGCACCUGGAUCCGAGUCAUUCAGCAGAGCGUGCGCGUAUGCCCAUCCAGAGAGGACUUCCCACUGAUUGAGACAGAGGAUGAGGCCUACCUACGUCGAAUCAAGACGGAGCUGCGACAGAAAGACCGGGCGCUGGUAGAGCUGCUACAAGAGAAGGUUGGGCUGUUCGCCGAGAUGACCCAUUUCCAGGUGGAAGAUGAUGGUGGCGGGGUGACCCUGCCCACCCUGCCCAGGGGCCUUUUCCGCUCCGAGUCCCUGGAGUGCCCUCGCGGGGAGCGGCUGCUGCAGGAUGCCAUCCGUGAGGUGGAGGGCCUGAAGGACCUCCUGGUGGGGCCCGGCGUGGAGCUGCUCCUCACGCCCCGGGAACCAGCCUUGCCCGUGGACCCGGACAGCGGCGGGAGCACGAGUCCUGGGGUCACCGCCAAUGGUGAGGCCAGAACCUUCAAUGGCUCGAUUGAGCUCUGCAGAGCUGACUCCGACUCCAGCCAGAAGGAUCGGAACGGAAAUCAGCUGAGGGCUCCCCAGGAGGAAGCGUUACAGCGAUUGGUCAAUCUCUAUGGACUUCUGCACGGUCUCCAGGCGGCUGUGGCCCAGCAGGACACCCUGAUGGAAGCCCGCUUCCCCGAGGGCCCCGAGCGGCGGGAGAAGCUGACCCGAGCCAACUCCCGCGACGGGGAGCUCGGCCGCAGCGGGCCGGCCCCCGCGGCCCCCGACAAGCAGGCCACCGAGCUGGCCCUGCUGCAGCGUCAGCACGCGCUGCUGCAGGAGGAGCUGCGGCGCUGCCGGCGGCUGGGCGAGGAGCGCGCCACCGAGGCGGGCAGCCUGGAGGCCCGGCUCCGCGAGAGCGAGCAGGCCCGGGCCCUGCUGGAGCGCGAGGCCGAGGAGGCGCGCAGGCAGCUGGCCGCCUUGGGCCAUAGCGAGCCCCCUCCGGCCGAGGCCCCCUGGGCCCGCAGGCCCCUGGACCCUCGGCGCCGCAGCCUCCCGGCCGGAGACGCCCUCUACCUGAGUUUCACGCCCCCGCAGCCCAGCCGAGGCCACGACCGCCUGGAUUUGUCUGUGACCAUUCGCUCUAUCCAUCGACCCUUUGAGGACCGAGAGAGGCAGGAGCUGGGCAGCCCCGAGGAGCGGCUGCAGGACAGCAGUGACCCCGACACGGGCAGCGAGGAGGAGGGGGGCAGCCGCCUGUCCCCUCCCCAUAGUCCGCGAGACUUCACCCGAAUGCAGGACAUCCCGGAAGAGACAGAGACUCGCGACGGGGAGCCUGUGGCUUCAGAGAGCUAAGGGGGCCCCUCCCCCGUCCUGUGCCCCCAUGAAGAACACACCGAGGGAGGCAAACUCUGGGGACUCCAAUCCGCCAAUGAUGAGGGAACAUUAGAACUGCUGAUUGUCCUUGCCAGCUCUUGGGCUCCUUGGACACCUGGGGCCGCUUAGGAAGCUGGAGGAAUUGGGCCGCAGUGCCCCCUGGUGGCAUCCAGAAGCUACACCACAGAUGCCAGUUUUUCAUGCCUUCUUCCCUCUACUUUAGGAAAAUUUAUUUAUUUAUUGUUUAUUAGUGACGCAGGGAGUGGGGAGAUUUAGAGCACCAGGGACAUGGGAACCAAGCCAUAGGGAUCAGGGGGCCUUGUCCUGUAACACUACUGGGGUUUAUUCAGGCUUAACCGUGCCGCUGCUGGGUUCUAACCCUGACGUCCCUCCUGGGCAACACCGUCUGUGAGGAGGGGCUGCACCGCAGGACCCUGCUGACCCCCCCCCCCCAAGAGGGGCUGUGGGCAGGGCCACGCCCCUCUCCCUCCCCCUCAGCCUCGCACUGCUCUUCUCCCUUGUCCAUCCUCCCCGGGAGCCCCAGGGAGACCGCCUGACUUCCGGAGCUGAUGGAGGAGGGGCUGAGGUGGCCCUAACGGCUUUGUUGGGGGGUGAGGGGAAAACCCACGGGACCAGAAUGUUUUUUUGUUGUCGUUGUUUUCUUUUUUGUACCAAAGCCAACUGCACGUGUUUUCUAUUUUUAAGAGAUGAUUUUAGGCAAUUAGAAACCACAGCCUUCUAUCUCCGAUUAUCAGAAGAGCUUGAGGGGUGGGGGGACCAUAUCCUCAUCUACAGUAAUGGGGGACCUAUUCUGACCUCUUCUCCAGCCGUUUGGGAAAAAUGUUCUAGGGUGAGUUGGGAAAUCUCCGUGAAGCCUGACCUCAUCCCCACCUCAGCAACCGGGACUGAAACCUCAGUGUGAAUUUUGGGGAUUUUUCAGUGGACCCCCAGUGCCCACCAGCCCCAGCCAUUUUCUGCCAAUUUGAUUGUUAAAAAAAGAAAAAAGAAAAAAAAAGAUAAAGCAGGGAAAAUUAAAGACCUGGAACCCCACAAA